UCAAAGCAUGAGCGGAGCACCAGAAAUUAGUGAACUGUUCGCGAAGCUCGCUACACACCUCCAAAGCGAAAUUCCUUCUACUGGCAAUGAAGAAGUUGCUGAUCCCGCAAUUUGUUCACUUAAUCAAUCUAUCAACCUGGAUGAUAAAUCUAGGGUUAGGGUUUUGGAUACCGCACUCUCCUUGAUGUGCUUCAAAGGACCCCAGGUUUUUAAUGCGACAGUCCAAUAUCUGGUGCAGACGAUUGUGACCGUUCUGUCAUCCUCAAUAUCUUGCAAGGUUUUGCAUUUUCAGAGACAUGAGUUUCUUCUGGUCGGCAGCUCAAUUCCUAGCCAUAAAUGUUCUGAAUUGAUCAGAGUGUGCGUGGAUGUGCUUGGAAAAUUGGAGAGCCAUGAGAUGCUUCCCCAUUUGCUGUUACAUGCAGUUUUAAGAGUGGCAACAUUUGCAUCGUGUUACCAGAGUCUACUACCAUUUGAACACGUUUUUAGUGUAAAGGCAAGCAAUAAAAGAGACAUCCUGGUUACAGAGUUGCAGCAGCUUAUGCCAAAAGACAUUUCAGACAACAGCCAUGAAAUACCAUUGAGGUUGCUUUUGUGGUACCUUAAUCCACUGAGUCUGAAGCAUGAUAUUUCAAGAGUUUUACAAGAGACCGUGCGAAGGCCUUUCCUUUCAGUAAACAAAGAACUGCAUGAUAGGAUGAAUUGGCGUUCGUUAAUCAUAUGCUUGGUACUUUCUCCUGCUAUGUUUAUUGAGACAAGGUGCCUAUUGCAUAACUGGUUUCUAGCAACGGGCUUGGCUUCUGUACUAGAGCUUCAAGUUGAACUAGUCUCAUCAAUACUGGAUGUACUAGCCAGACCAAUGUGGUGGGGUAUAUCAAUGGAAGUGGGAUCUAAGCUGCCAUCUUCUCAUGCAUAUUUCCCCAGUGAACACAAACUGUUGGUGAUUUUAACUGGACCUCUGUCGUGCAAAAGUUUUCUGCAUUUGAUUUAUCUUAUAAUGGAGCUGUUUCCUGGAAGUAAAGAAUAUCCAGAUCCUACUGACAUGAAAAUUGCAACAGCAAGAAAGGUGGAAAUGACAAAUCAUAAAUCUAUCUGGGCUAUGUUGAUGGACUUCCCACGUUGGUUCUAUUUUGCUGUUGGCUUGCUUUUCACUGGAAAAGAUUGGCAAGAGAGUUUCCUGUCAAAAUGCACAUCAAUGGCGGACAUUGAGCAAACACAUGAUGUAAAAGCACAUUCAACUGCUGCUGCAAGGUACCUUGCAUGGAUUUUGACUCCCAGUAGUGAAGCCCAUAUUGAUCUGCUGAUUAAAUGUUUCACUGAAACAUCAAGAUCAUGGACUCUAAAACAACUUGGUUCAGGUACACAUAACAAUAGUACAGUUGGCUGCAAGAAAAGGCUCAAGAAGCCCAAAUUCCAUGAUAACCAUAAUGAUCAUGCAGGCUCCAAGAAGUAUGAUGGCCAGACAAUUGCACUCUGGCUGAAAGAAUUCCAUGACAGUUACGCAAGGUAUUGGAGUAAGACUGUCAACAGUAGUGCAUCCACAAAUGUGAAAGCACCACAUGCUAUUCACCUCCAGCAAAAUUGUUUAUUUAGAAGAAUUUCUUUAGGCAUCUUGAUUGGGUAUUCCAAUUAUUUAGAUGAAGAGGGAUGUGAGCUGCUGCUUCACUAUGCUGCAAAUGGUGAAAUCCUUUGGUCAGUGGAAACUAAAACUACUGGUUGUAAGUAUAUGAAUCGGAAAAUUGAAGGGCAUGAUGGCAAUGAAGGCUCAAUUAGGUGCUUUGAAGAGAGUGGUAAAUGGAAGGAGGCCGUAGCAGGAGCUUCUCUUGUUUUUAAUUUAUUUGAUUUAAUUGUAGAUAUAUCAACUUCCGUAUUUGAGAUUGAAGAGAGGUGUAUUGAGUUUAUUUACCAGCUGAAAGUUAAGGCUGUCAGAUACUUGGUUAAGUGUAUCAAGGAGCUACUCCAGUUUAAAACUGAUGAAAAUGAAGGGGGAGUUCUGAUGCUAAUGGAUCUUCACAGUAGAUUAGCAUGGUGGAGGCAUCAAGUUCCAGGAAUACUCCAGUGUGACAGUGCUUUAGAUGAUGUUUUUAGCGCCUUGAAUUGUAAAAUAUCUUCCUUCUGAGAAGGUCUACCAGAUAAAUGAAGCAAGUUGAUGUAUUUCAACAGGCUUCCAUUAAAAAA